GGGGCCGCCCUUUGACCCUCGAGGCCCUGGGCCCCCGCAGUCCUUCGUGGAAAGCCGCCCGGACAGGGGAUGGCUGCGACGCGGACGAGCUCCCGCGCCCGAGACAUCUUCGCCACGCUGGAGUACGGCCCGGCCCCGGAGAGCCACGCAUGCGCACUGGCCUGGCUGGACACCCAGGACCGGUGUCUGGGUCCCUAUGUCUCUGGGAAGUGGUUAAAACCUGAUGACAGGAGUUCGGUGCCUUGCCAGGAUCCCAUCACAGGAGAGAGUGUGGCCCGCUGCCUGCAGGCCCAGCCUGAGGAUGUGGCCGAGGCCGUGGAGGCAGCCAGGGCGGAGCUGGAGGACUGGAGCCGACUCCCCGGAGCCAGGCGUGCCCAGCACCUCACCAGACUGGCCAAGUCGAUCCAGAAGCACCAGCGGCUGCUGUGGACCCUGGAGUCGCUGGUUACUGGACGGGCGGUUCGAGAAGUUCGAGACAGGGAAGUCCCGCUGGCCCAGCAGCUGCUCCAAUAUUCUGCAGUCCAGGCGCACAACCAGGAGGAGGCGCUGGCAGGCUGGGAGCCCAUGGGAGUAAUUGGUCUCAUCUUACCACCCACGUUCUCUUUCCUUGAGAUGAUGUGGAGGGUUUGUCCUGCACUGGCUGUGGGCUGCACAGUGGUGGUGCUGGCGCCCCCCGCCUCGCCGACGCCUCUCUUGCUGGCCCAGCUGGCCGGGGAGCUUGGCACCUUCCCGGGGCUCCUGCACGUGCUCUGCGGCCCCGCCUCGCUGUGGUCUGUCCUGGCCUCCCAGCCCGGAGUCCAGAAGGUGGCCUUCUGCGGAGCCGUCGAGGAAGGACGCACGCUGCGGCGGACGCUGGCCGGUGGUGGAGCCGAGCUGGGCCUGGCGCUGGGGGCCGAGUCGCUGCUGCUGCUGACGGAGGCGGCUGACCUGGACUCGGCCGUGGAGGGUGUGGUGGACGCAGCCUGGUCCGACCGCAGCCUGGGGGGCCUCAGGCUCCUCAUCCAGGAAUCUGUAUGGGAUGAUGCCAUGAGGCGGCUUCAGGCCCGGAUGGGGCAGCUUCGGGUCGGCCCGGGGCUGGAUGGGGCUGUGGACAUGGGGGCCCGAGGGGCUGCAGCGUGGGACCUGGCGCAGCGAUACGUGCGUGAGGCCCAGAGCCAGGGUGCACAGGUGUUCCAGGCUGAAACUGUGCGCUCCACCAGCCCCUUCUUCCCCCCAACCCUGGUGUCUGACCUGCCUCCAGCCUCCCCAGUCUCCCAGGCAGAGGUGCCGUGGCCCCUCGUGGUGGCCUCCCCCUUCCGCACGGCCAAGGAGGCCCUGGCUGUAGCCAACGGGACGCCCCGCGGAGGCAGUGCCAGCGUGUGGAGUGAACGUCUGGGGCAUGCCCUGGAGCUGGGCCACGGCCUCCGGGUGGGCACCGUCUGGAUCAAUGCCCACGGCCUCCGAGACCCCGCCGUGCCAGCUGGUGGCUGCAAGGAGAGUGGCUCUUCCUGGAUCGGGGGGCCCGACGGCCUGUGGGAGUUUCUGCGCCCCUCGGGGAGCCCUGCCCGGCAGCCCUGCCUCUGCGGGAAUCUCAGCUAUGAAGCCUUCGGCCUCGCUGCGUCCCCGGCCAUCCCAGCUGGGCCAGAGGCGGGGCCCAGCGCCCCCUAUGGGCUCUUGGUGGGGGGCCGUUUCCAGGCCCCCGGGUCCCGGAGCUCCAGGCCGGUCCACGACUCCAGCGGUGGCCUCCAGGGCUAUGUGGCUGAGGGUGGAGCCAAGGACAUCCGGGGUGCCGUGGAGGCCGCCCAGCAGGCUGCUCCUGGCUGGGCCCGGCAGGUGCCGGGGGCCCGGGCAGCCCUGUUGUGGGCCCUGGCGGCCGCGCUGGAGCGCCGGGAGUCGGUGCUGGUCUCGGGGCUGGAGAGGCAUGGAGUGAACCCCGCCACCGCCAAGGCAGAGCUGCAGCUGAGUGCCAGGCGGCUCCGGUUGUGGGGGGCCCGAGUCCAGGCCCAGGGCCACUCCCUGCAGGUGGCAGAGAUGAGGGGCCCGGUGCUCAGGCUGCGGGAGCCGUUGGGUGUGCUGGCCAUCGUGUGCCCGGAUGGGUGGCCCCUGCUGGCCUUUGUGUCUCUGCUCGCCCCCGCCCUGGCCCAUGGCAACACCGUGGUCCUGGUGCCGAGUGGAGCCUGUCCCAUCCCGGCCUUGGAGGUCUGCCAGGAUAUGGCCUCCCUGUUGCCAGCCGGUGUGGUGAACGUGGUGACGGGGGACCGGGACCACCUGACCCGCUGCCUGGCCCUGCACCAGGACAUCCAGGCCCUGUGGUAUUUUGGAUCUGCCCAGGGCUCCCAGUUCGUGGAGUGGGCCUCAGCGGGAAACCUGAAGCCUGUGUGGGUGAACAGGGGCCACCAGCGGGCCUGGGACCAGGAGGCCGAGGGGGCUGGCCCAGAGCUGGGGCUGUGGGCAGCUCGCACCAAGGCCCUGUGGCUGCCCAUGGGGGACUGAGCCUGAGAACCCCCUCCCUCCUGCUCCUGGACAGAGGAGGGACGGCCCCCAGACCGCCUGGAAUAUUCCUCCGACUGCGUGCCUUGUGCCUUCCAAUAAAUUCUGGACAACCCUG